AGGAUACUCUGAGCAGCAUAUCACUGAACACUCCCACAUCCCAAAGAUAUCUACAGUCAACCAAAUCCAUGGUGAUGUUUGUGUUGAAGUUGAUGAGGAGACAUUUCACUGUCCAACUUGUAGCAUGGCAUUCCCCUCUCAGAGAUGCAUAGAUUACCAUGUGAUUGUAGUGCAUAAUGGCUAUUGUGAUGUCUGCCAGGGACGCCUUGAUAAUGAGGAUGAGGCAGAGCGGCUGAACCAUGGGAAGAAGCACACAGGAGAGAAGCCACAACAGUGUGAAUACUGCCUCAAAUUGUUCUCUGGGAAGUCAACAUAUAAAUUGCAUCUCAGUAGAGACCUCAAGUGUCUCUUGUGUGGCAAGAUAUUCCCUAGGCAGAAUAAAACUCUACAUAUGAAGUACCAUCUCAAGUGAGACUGCAUAUGCAUCUAAAGUGAGAUUAGAUAUGAAAUACUAUGUCUAAAGUGAGACUUCAUAUGCAUCUAAAGUGAGAUUAGAUAUGAAAUACUAUGUCUAAAGUGAGACUACAUAUGCAUCUAAAGUGAGAUUAGAUAUGAAAUACUAUGUCUAAAGUGAGACUGCAUAUGCAUCUAAAGUGAGAUUAGAUAUGAAAUACUAUGUCUAAAGUGAGACUGCAUAUGCAUCUAAAGUGAGAUUAGAUAUGAAAUACUAUGUCUAAAGUGAGACUACAUAUGCAUCUAAAGUGAGAUUAGAUAUGAAAUACUAUGUCUAAAGUGAGACUGCAUAUGCAUCUAAAGUGAGAUUAGAUAUGAAAUACUAUGUCUAAAGUGAGACUGCAUAUGCAUCUAAAGUGAGAUUAGAUAUGAAAUACUAUGUCUAAAGUGAGACUACAUAUGCAUCUAAAGUGAGAUUAGAUAUG